GAGCCUCUGUGCGGCAAUCAGUAGCAUUAGAGCUCCGCCAUUCUUUUCAGCGCUGUGAGGAAAAAUAGUUUUUCACGUCUCCUCUUGUUUCUCAGUGGAUUUCCACUGAUUUCUGUCUGUAGACUUGCUGCGGCUGUUGUUGUACUUGGUUAAAAUUGUAAAGAAGCAUGGCUUCGCCAGAUGAAGUGCACCAAUUGCUGGUGAAGUCAAAAUAUCGCAAUGUGAACGUCGCCAAGAAGGAUGUGCUGCAGGUGAUGCGUAUUUAUCAUGGACUGACAUAUGUGGCUGAGGACUAUGUCUUCAACGAUGGGAGCAGUAAAGUGUUGGUCAGACUCCAGGGCACAAUUCCCGUGAGCUAUAAACAGAACACGUAUCACAUCCCGAUUUGCAUAAUUCUCAUGGACACUCAUCCCAACAAUGCUCCAAUGUGCUAUGUAAAACCUACUCCGGAGAUGCACAUCAAGGUUUCCCAGUUCGUGGAUCACAAUGGGAAGGUGUAUUUGCCUUAUCUUCACGAUUGGCAGCCGAGUUCCUCUGAUCUCGAGGGCUUGAUUCAGGUGAUGAUUAUCACAUUCGGAGACUUUAUGCCGGUGUACAGCAAGCCCAAAGCCAAUACAGCGCCGUAUCCAACUAACUUCAACAUGCCUCAGCCUCAGGCGAAUGUGGGUGGUGCCUAUCCGCCUUACCCAACAGGAUACCCUCCGUAUCCGGCUGCCGGCGGAUCCAGCAACUUUGUGCCAUACCCGCCGACCACCGCAGCCACCAAUCCCACAUCUUAUCCCAUUGAUAUGCCUAUGCCCAACACUACUUAUCCAUCGCCAUACGCAAACAACGCUUCGGGACAGGGAACGAUCACUGAUGAGCACAUCAGGGCGUCUCUUCUGAGUGCCGUGGAGGAGAAAAUGUGGCGACGUAUCGUGGAGAGGGUAAACCAGCGUCAAGCUGAGUUGGAUACGCUCAAAAGAACAAAGCAGGAACUACAGGAAGGUCGCAGCAAGAUUGAGGAAAUUAUUUCGUCACUGGAGAAGGAGGAGGCCGACCUCAAGCGGCACCUCUCAGUGCUGAAUGACAAGAAUGGGGAAAUGGACAAGUCUCUGGAGGCAUUUGAGCGCAAGGAUGGAAUUGACGUGGACGAGGCAGUGAGCACAACUGCUCCGCUCUAUCGUCAGCUUCUGAAUGCCUUCGCCGAUGAGGCUGCCACGGAGGAUGCAAUCUACUAUCUGGGUGAGGCGCUGAGAAACGGUGUCAUAGAUCUUGAAGUGUUCCUGAAGCACGUCCGGCAGUUGUCCCGGAAGCAGUUUGUGCUGCGGAUUCUCAUGCAAAAGUGCCGCCAGAAAGCCGGUCUGGCAGGAUAAAUGUAUUUUCUGUAUUAAAAUAUUGCUGUAUCUCAAGA